AUGGCUCUCAAGCGCAUUAACAAGGAAUUGAUUGAUCUCGGGCGUGAUCCCCCCUCAUCGUGCAGUGCUGGUCCUACGGGCGACAAUAUGUUCCAAUGGCAGGCAACGAUUAUGGGUCCAGGUGACUCACCUUAUGCGGGCGGUGUCUUCUUUCUUUCAAUCAGCUUCCCGACCGAUUACCCCUUCAAGCCUCCCAAGGUCAGCUUUACGACCAAGAUCUACCAUCCCAACAUCAACGCCAACGGAUCCAUAUGUCUUGACAUCCUGAGGGACCAAUGGUCGCCGGCGUUGACCAUCUCUAAAGUGUUAUUGUCGAUCUGCUCGAUGUUGACUGAUCCCAAUCCCGAUGACCCACUUGUCCCCGACAUUGCUCAUCUGUACAAGACCGAUCGAGCAAGGUACGAGGCGACUGCUAGGGAAUGGACGAGGAAAUAUGCUAUGUAA